GUUAGCAAAUACACACGUCGUUGUGCGCAUGCGCACUCAGGACCCGCUGCUGCUUACUGACAGCAGGCAGCGAUGGCGGGCACCGCGCUCAAGAGGCUAAUGGCCGAAUACAAACAGCUGACGCUCAACCCACCGGAAGGAAUCGUCGCAGGUCCAGCCAACGAGGAGAACUUCUUUGAAUGGGAGGCGCUCAUCAUGGGUCCUCAGGACACGUGUUUUGAAGGUGGCGUCUUCCCGGCCGUCCUCACCUUCCCCUCUGAUUAUCCACUCAGCCCUCCCAAGAUGAGAUUCACCUGUGAGAUGUUUCACCCCAACAUCUAUCCGGACGGCCGUGUGUGCAUCUCCAUCCUGCACGCCCCCGGGGACGACCCAAUGGGUUAUGAGAGCAGCGCAGAGCGGUGGAGUCCGGUCCAGAGCGUAGAGAAGAUCUUGCUGUCGGUGGUUAGCAUGUUGGCAGAACCAAACGACGAGAGUGGAGCCAACGUGGACGCCUCCAAAAUGUGGCGGGAGGAUCGGGAUCAAUUUUACAAACUCGCCCAGAAGCUCGUGCGCAAGUCUUUGGGCCUUUAAUCACGAUGUCGUCGCCCAACAUCGUGUUUGUGCGUGUGUUUUUGUGUGUGUGCGUGCGCGUCUGGAGUGAGUGUGAGAGGUUAUGGACCAGAGGGCAAAAGUCACAGUACAGAUAAAUGCUGUUUUCACACUACAAGUGAUCAUGCAUAACAUCAUUGUUGACCCCUGCCGCCCCGCCCCCUACUCCACAGAAUGACUGACACAAGAACACGUGCGCACCAAAUCGCUCAUCGCAUCCACAGGAAGCGAUGUCACAUCAUAGACCCUUGUUGGCAAGCAGCCACUGUUUAUUUUUUGUUUAGACCCAGCUGCUGCGUGACAAAACCAGGACACAAUCAGCUGACACUGUCCUUUGUGUACAAGUUGGAACAUGACCCGGCUCUCCUUUAACCUUGACCCCGCGCACCCGCCGUUUCAGUUAGUUGAGAAGCAAGGACGACCUGGCUUGUUCCCUCAAUGCAUCUUGGGAGCUACAUAGUAUUUACAAAGUGUGUGUGCGUGAUGAACAGGGCAGGGCUCUGCUUGAGGCGGGGGAAUUCCUGCCCUCCCUGAUCCCACCUGAGAGCUGGUAGACAAGUGGCCUCUGGCUCGUCUUUUCAUCUUUCUUGUCAUCUUCACGUGACGACACUUCAAACGCUUGCUAAGCUGCACUCCCGCUGACGACAAAAAGAGGAAUAAGUCUAUAGGUUUGGCGCUCAAAGAAAUAAAGUGGUUCACUUCCAACA